AUGAAGGUUACUGAGGACGAAGUACCAGACUCACAAGAAACGCUAGGGGGUGUGAACAUCGAGACGAUACUAGUGUGCGAAGUGGGACAGUUUGGGCCGUACCAGAAGCGUGUGUUCGCGGUGGCGGUGGUGGCGUGCAUGACAGCGGCAAUAUCGACCGCCGAAAUGGUGGGCCCGAAGUUUCGCGUGGUAACGAGCGCGACGUCGACUUCAAUGUUCGCCACGGGGCAGGUAAUCCUCGGCGCAGUGGCGUGGAGCAUUCCCAACUGGCGGUACAUGAUAAUCGCUCUACACAUCCCCUGCUUCCUAAUUGUGUCGUACUACUGGAUCCUAUCAGAAAGCGUCCGAUGGCUACUCUCCAAGCAUAAGUACGACGAAGCCCAAAAAGUUCUUGAAAAGGUGGCUCGCAUAAACAAGAAGCAGAUCAGCGAAAAAUCAAUGCGAGCGUUGUUAACACCUCCAUCGCAGCCAGAGAAUGUAGAAGAUGCGAACAAGCCAGGGCUUAUCAAGACAAUCAUCAAAUCCCCUGUGCUGCUGCAGCGCGUGUGCACCACCCCCAUCUGGUGGAUCACCACCACCUUCGUUUACUACGGACUGUCCAUCAACUCGACCGGGCUCUCGGGCAAUAUGUAUCUCAACUACAUCUUGACCUGCGCCGUCGAGAUCCCCGGUUUCUACACCUCUUUGCUGUUCCUGGACAGCAUCGGUAGAAAGCCUACUUUGACAUGCGGCUUCUUCCUCAGCGCCGCUUGUAAUAUCGGUUUUAUAUUCAUUCCUGAAGAAUUAAACAUUCUGGCGACUGUAAUAUUCCUGCUAGGAAAAUUUGGUAUCUCGAUGGUGUUCACCUCCCUGUACCUGUUUACGUCAGAGCUGUACCCUACCGAGUAUCGCCACACGCUCCUGGCUUUCUCCUCAAUGGUGGGCCGCAUCGGAUCCGUCACCGCGCCGCUCACACCUGCUCUUAUGAUGUACUGGGAGGGCAUCCCGUCAGCGAUGUUCGGUGUUAUGGGGAUCUUAUCAGGACUGUUGGUGCUGACGCAACCGGAGACCCUUGGUACCAAAAUGCCUGACACUCUAGCUGAAGCAGAAGUCCUGGGCCGGAGUACCCAAUGA